AUGGCUCUCAUCACCACCCGGGAGCUUCACCUGUUCCACACAAGGGAACGCGACCUUCUGGUCUAUCUCAUCUACACUCUGGGUCGCGACCCUUUCCAGUCCCUUCUUACCGUCGCACUCUGGCUCUGGCUCGAACAUGUCGCUCGCCCCAAUCUCGUUCCUGAAAUCUCCCUUCUCAGUCCGUCACUCAUCAACGCCAUGGCCAACGAGGCAUUUCUCUGUAUUCAGUGUUUACAAUACUCCGACGCCGACGACCCUCGCUCUUACAGCGUCGGCAUCCCUCUCACCGCCACCCUCACCCACAUGAACCUCACUCUGCUCGUCUUUAACCGCAGACGCUUUACCGUCAUUUGCGGGAUUAAGAGCAUUCUAAACAAUGUCUGUUCCAGGAUUUUUACCGAUAUCUUGUCGCAUGUGUAUCAAAUCCCUGGCGCUUGCAGCCUUGCCAGCCUGACUGGCCCACCGACUCCCGUGAUGGUGCCGGGCUUUCCGCACGCCGUGUAUGGACCUUUUAUGCCGAGCAGGCCGGAGUGGGAUUUGACGGAUGGGAGGUUGUGGUAUGACCGGAGCUGGAAACCGUCCGGUGACGUGUCGGACGACGACAAGACCAUGUUCCUGACGUUUUCUAAAGGCUUCCCGGUGACGGAGGAGGAGGUAUGGCACCUGUUCAGGACGGUUUUCGGGGAGAAAAGCGUGGUCCAGAUAUUCAUGGGCAAUCUCUUGGAGGAGGAGUGCUCGCCCCAGGAGGAUGCUCUGUACGCCACCCUGCUCGUGGAUAGCGUCGCGACGGUGGACUGGAUUCUGAACGGACGGAGGCUCGCCAAGUAUAAGAUCAAUGGGAAGGAUAUCUGGGCUCGCAAGUACGAGCGACGAGUCUAG